AUCCUGAGCCAGUGGCCCCAUCUUCCUCUGAUCCCAUCCCUGUUCUUCUGUCUGCUCUCACUCUGCAGGUUGAGCUUCGUUGGACUGAGCUGCAGGACCUUCUGCUACCUCCACUCUUCAGCUAUCAAAAGAUAACAACUGAGACCUCACAAGCAUGGCAAGCUCUUUCACCCGUGUGAUUUCUGGCCGUAACACGGCAGUGAUGUUGGCCAUGGGAGCUGGCACGCUGACAUCCGGAUACCUCCUCAGUGACAACAUGGAAGCUGCUGAGAGGAGAAGGCUCUAUCCACCCAGUGCUGAUUUCCCUGACCUGAGGAAGCACAACAACUGCAUGGCCUCGGCCUUGACCCCAGGGAUCUAUGCACGUCUGAGGGAUAAGACAACACCUAACAACUGGACCGUGGACCAGUGCAUCCAGACUGGAGUGGACAACCCUGGACACCCCUUUAUUAAGACUGUGGGAAUGGUGGCUGGGGAUGAGGAGACCUAUGAGGUGUUUGCUGAGCUUUUUGACCCUGUUAUUAAGGAUAGACACAAUGGCUAUGACCCUCGUACAAUGAAGCACCCAACUGACCUGGACGCUUCCAAGAUCACCUCAGGAUUUUUUGAUGAGCGCUAUGUGUUGUCAUCUCGUGUUCGUACCGGUCGCAGCAUCCGUGGAUUGAGCCUCCCCCCUGCAUGCACGCGCUCCGAGCGCCGUGAAGUGGAGCGUGUGGUUGUGACGGCUCUGGCUGGCCUGAAGGGAGACCUGGCUGGUCGAUACUACAGCUUGGGAGAUAUGACUGAAAGAGAGCAGCAACAGCUUAUUGAUGAGCACUUCCUGUUUGAUAAGCCUGUGUCACCUCUGCUCACGGCAGCUGGGAUGGCCAGAGAUUGGCCUGAUGCUCGUGGGAUCUGGCACAACAAUGAGAAGAACUUCUUGAUCUGGAUCAAUGAAGAGGAUCACACAAGGGUCAUAUCCAUGGAGAAGGGAGGAAACAUGAAAAGAGUGUUUGAAAGAUUCUGCAGAGGGCUGAAGCAGGUUGAGCAUCUAAUUCAGGAGAGAGGAUGGGAGUUCAUGUGGAAUGAGCGUCUGGGCUAUAUCCUCACCUGCCCCUCAAAUCUUGGCACGGGACUCAGGGCUGGUGUGCAUAUUCGUCUGCCCCUCCUCAGUAAGGAUGCUCGCUUCAAAAAGAUCCUGGAUAAUCUGAGACUACAGAAGAGAGGCACGGGAGGUGUUGACACAGCCGCUACCGGAGAUACCUUUGACAUCUCUAACCUUGACCGUCUGGGCAAGUCAGAGGUUGAGCUGGUGCAGUUAGUGAUUGAUGGUGUUAACUACCUUAUUGAAUGUGAGAAGAGGCUGGAGAGGGGGCAGGACAUCAAGAUCCCGUCCCCGGUUCCUCAGUUCAGGAAGUAAGAAUCACCUCGACUGGGAAUCCUGAGCGGUGGGCAUCCUCCGAUCACUGAUCAUUUAACUAAUGUUUAUUGCAUGUAUAACACUGUACUAACUUACAUGCAAAAUAAAUAAAUUACAUGCACAUGACUUCUAAAACUAAUAAACUCCAAUGAUGAAUUAA